CCGAGCUUUAUCAUAUGAUCGUCCGUAACAACAAAAGUCAGCUUCUGCGACCUGCGAGUGACAAAACUUGACAGCUAAGAAGUAUGAUGCUGAGGGCAAUAUGAAACAGCAGGUGUUUUUGUGUCUUCUGUUGAUAUAUACAGCAUAUGGCAGCUUAUUCGGAAGUAAAGAUGAUCAUAAUUUGGUAUUGAAGAGUACAGGUCCAGUGGUGCUGGACAUGCCAAUAUGGUUCACAGCUGAAUAUCUAGACUAUGAGGAUGGGGAUGAAUUGAUGUGGGAAUGGACAGACAGUCUUUACUGGAGUACAGCACAUUAUGUCAAUGCAAAAACAGAUUACUGGAAUAUUACCUGUGAUCAUGCAAGGUACUCACCAUAUACAGGGGAGCGUACAGUUGAAGUUAAGGUUAAGGAGAAGGUGGCUGGAUUUAUCUGGAUUGCCAAAGCUACAGCUAGAAUCAAUUUCAAUCUCACUGUAUCACUGAAUGGAAGGAUCACGAUUGUGCAACCAAAUGUUACUAUGCAGGAUCCAAGGUACAUCUCAACUACUAACCAAACAAACCUCACUGCUGUCAUCCAUGACCCUCAUAACUGGCUAAAAAAGCGAACAAAUAUGAUAACUUACUUCUGGAUCAUUGAUGAUAAUGUCCAUGCUUCGUGCACCACUCCAUCAUUAGUUAUCAACAUCACAGAGCCAGGUCUACAUGAUAUACGAGCAAAUGUUAUUGUUGAUGUUUCUGAUCAUAUACUAACAACUACAACUACAACAACAACUACUACAACAACUACAACUACAACACCUAAGCCAGACAACCAUACAACCACCCCGCCACCAACAACAACUACAGCUGCACCUUCCAAUGCCACUACAACUGCGAAGCCGCCAGUGCCGAACCAAAGAAGCUGGAAGUGUGAUGGUUACUGGCCAGAGGGUGGGCAGGCAGGCUAUGAAAGCAGUACCUUUAAGUUAGGGUACUUUCACACAUACGUCAAUGCAAGAGAACCUAUUAAUCAAGUGAAUGUAACUGGCAAGAAAUGGCUGAAGCAUGGUGAACUCCUGAAUUUGACUAUACAGUGUACAGGAUCUGGCCCAUGGGGCUACUGCCGUAAGGUCUUCUAUGGAACAUAUAAUAUAACUGGCAAUGAGACCUGUGAUGAUCCACUAAUGACUAAUGACUGCAACUUCGUAAACAUUUAUUACUUCAGAGAAGCAGGAACAUACACAUAUCUUGUGGUCAUCGAAAAUGAAAUCUCACGUAAAAUACUUCCUUUAGCCAUUAAUGUGUACAAUGUUGAUCGCAAACCUCAGCUAUCAUAUAUCAUCGUACCUGUGUCUUGCAGUCUGGUAGUCAUAAUCAUUAUAGUGUUUGGAGUUGCAUACUUCAUACAAAGCAGAGAAAGGUAUUCUGUGGAAGUAGCAGACUUUGACUUUGGAGCCAGUGAAGAGCCUGAAUAUAAGACUAUGUAUGAGCAGAUUAAAGAGUCUCUUUCUCAAGCUGUGUCAGGCCAAGAUUGGGAUGCAGAUGAAGACAACAAGUGGCGAGAUAGAGGGCAUGUGGUUGAGAGGCCUCGGAUUCUUGAAGAAGAAGAUUAAUGUGUAUUAUCUUAUGAGUGCCUUGUAAUCUGAUGGUAAUUGGGCACUGUCCGAUUGGGUGAUAUGAUUGUAUAUACUGUUUUAUAGAAAAAGAAGCCUAUCAUAAGAUAUAGCAUUUAUAGUAAAUAUGAAUUGUACAUUAUAUUUCAUAUAAAUAUGCAUAUCAAGGGUGUAAAAUUUAGAUAGCUUGUAUGCAGUUAUUGUUAGUCUACAUAACUGUUUCAGUGAUGAUGGAUUUUGUAGAAUAUUCUAUAUAUUUUUCUUUUUUAUUCUUUUUCUUUUUCUUUUUUUUUAACAUUCCUUUACCUGUUGGAUCCAGGUGCCUUAUUGGUUCAUACAUGGACCAAAAUCUGUUCAUGAGGCUUUCUUGAAGGGUCAGUCUACUGGAUGUGUUUCUUGUAGGUCUGGCCCACAUGAAUACUCAUGCACAAUAUCGAGACUUCUUGCCUCAUUGUAGUUAUUUUUCGACAGCUGCAGUUUUGUUUUGUGUCAUUUUCGAUAUUUGUCAUGUGUUAUGCUCUUCCUUGAGCAGACUCUAUGUUAUCUCUCCAGGUAGUUUGCAAUAACAGUAAAAAUAUAUAACAUGCCCACCCCCCCCCCCCAAAAAAAAAAAAAAAAAAAAAUCUCCCUCCAGUUGCUUUGUGUACUCUUGACAAGAAAUCGCUAUCACCAACUAAUCUGCAGCAAUUUACCAUGGUGAGACAUUAAUAUCAGCUGCCCCUUGACCAAUAUUUUUCUCAUGAUGAAGAGUUUUCAUUACUUGUCCCACAACCAAACUUUUUCAUGACAAGAAGUCCCAGUCACCCGGAUCCAAUGGGUAAAUAUUUUGAUAAAACCAUUUAAGUUUAGCUUUGAUUACCCAAGAGCUUUUCUAUGUAAUAUACAAUUCAUUAUAAUUUAAAUUCAAAGUUUAUCCUGGUAUUUCUUUCAAGGUUAAGAUUUUCUGAUAUACUUGGGCAUUCACUCAUGACAUGUCACAAUCUCAUACCUUAUGAAAAGAUGUACCCAGAACAGUCAGUAAUAUAAGAGUAUCAUAUUAGUGGUAAUGUAUCCUAUAAUCUAUAGGACUGAUAAUGAAAAAAGUAUUGUCAAGUAAAUGGCAUUUGAAUUUGUCAAAUGCAUGCACAUACAUUAUUUAUGAAAGUUUGUCAGCACUUUGAUCUUGUUUAUGAUUUUAAAUACUUUUCACAGUACUUUGCAUUCAUUAUUAGAGUAAUAUCUUGCCAGGUGAAUAUCUGUACAAAAGUAAAGGUAAUAUGUUAUAUAUAUUGUUUUAUUUAUGUAUAUCGUAAUUGUAUUUUUUAUGUUUAAAAACUAUUUGAAUUUAAUUUGUUUGAAAGUUGGUCAUUGCAUAAUUUGUGUAACAUUAAAGCAGUAAAUUCAUUACACUAAAUCCGGAUUUUAAACCUUUAUAAGGCAAAUAAUAAUCUGCUUAGUCUUUUAGAGAACAAUGUAAAUGACAUAUAUAACUAUAGAUUACAAAAAUUGGGUGAUGUGAGAAUACUACAACUUGUGAAGUGAUUAUCAGUGACUUUCCAUGACUGAUAAUAUGUUAUGAAUACCGGAAAUCAUUACAGGCAGAAGUGUAUAUAUGAUGUAUUUUAUUGCCUCCUAUUAAAAUCAGUCAUGCAUGUAAUGUAAAUUAUUGAUAUAAGUCUGAAUCUUGCCUUUUCCUCUAAUAUAUGAAGCAGGAAUGAUCAGGCAUUUUAAGAUACAUCAUUGGUUUUAUUUUACAUUUUUAGAAGGGAGUAUUAUAUAAUUAACACAGAUUUUGAUAUUUAAAAGCAGAAAAAAAAAGUUAGAUAAAGAAUUUGUAAGGACAGAUAUAAUUAGAAACUCUGUUUAUGGAUAUAAGAAAAUGAGUUCUUAGGGUUAUCAUUCAUCUGUUGAUGACAAGAGAAGUAUACAUAAAUGGGAAGUGUCCACUGUGAUAUUGUUUUAUUAAUUUUGUUUACAUGGGUGGUUCCAAAGAGUCAUUUGCUGAGCUUACUUGACCUAGUAUAUUGACCUUUUUUUUCCCUUGAUUUUUGGGGGGAUUUACUUUUAUUAUAGUCAAUAUUAUUAUAAAGAUAUUGAUACAGAUAAUGUUGAUAAUAAUAGUUAUAAAAGAUUUUUUUUCUCUAAGAAUUCAAGCAAUGGGUUAAAUGGAUGAGAUUAACAAAGCCUUGUAAAUGACUUUUUGAUGAAAGAUAAGUAGCACCACUUUAGCUUGUUGAACCCAAAAAAUGGAGAUGACUUUUCCCAGAAGUAUUUUUGUUUUGCUUUUGGUAAUCUUAACAGCAAGCAAAUCACACAAAUAAUUAGCUUGCCAUUUCUGGCCUCUUAUGAAAAGUCCUCAUUUGGUGAAGCAUGGUAAUGUCAUUUAGCUUAGCUCCUUAAGACCUUAGUCUGUAUUGAUAUAUAUCGUCAAAGUGUUUCCUCAAUAUAUAUUUAUAUAUAUAUUUUUGACAGUUGUCCAGUGUGGUGUUGGCUAAUUAAAAGUCAUCUAUAAAAGCAGAAAGAAGUUUGUCUUUUCAAGGCUUAUCACUUGACUUCAAAAAAGAAAAGAAAGGUAAUCAUACUUGAAGCAACUUAAAUCUUGUCACAGUAUUCAUGCUAUACAUUUUUCAGCAUAGUGCUUCAUAUAUCAUCUUAUGACAACAAAUGAAUGAAGAACAGACCUGUGACAUGCAUCUCCUACAUGUGCUUCCUUGGAUGCAUACAUGUUCUUCAUUUGAUCAAAUACCUUCUUUGCUACUUCCUACCUUCAUCCAUUUACUAAUCCUCUUUCCCUUCACCCAUCUUUACCCUUUCCAAUGCUAUCCUAUUACUGUAUGACUGUUCAUGUGUAGCACAUAAUCAUUAACUCGCCCCCCCCCCCCCCUUUACCCCUUUCCGAUAUUAUACCUUCCUAUAGUGCUACGUGACCUUUGAUGUAUAGCACAUUUAUUUUGCCUUUUAACCAUUAACCAUCCCCAUAAGACGUUGCCAGAGCAAGGCAAGAAGACUUUCAACAUGUCUACUCUCCUGCACUUACUACUUUAUCAUACAAGAUAUACAUAUUUAAAUUAUCAAUAUAUCAUUCUCUGGUUUUCCUUUCUACAACUGCCUUUACUGGUCUUGCAAUUACCUGUUGAUAAAUUAGGUUUGUAGAUAAUGGUUAAGAAUCUUGGGAAAAUACUGAAAUAUAUAGAAACCCUAUUAAUAAUUAUGGUAUAUGAAGGCAAGUAGGUGGGGCUUAACGCGGCUGUCAAUUGGGAUUUUCAGUGAGUCCGUGGUGCUACCUACCUUUUUAAGUACCAUUUUGGUUACUAAAUUCUUGUGAAAGCCAUGUCAACAAAGUUUAUUUUAAAAACUAUUGUGGACAGCAAUGGGUUACAUACACACAAAUUUCAUAAUGUUAAUCUGAUUGGUAGAAAUUAAUAUUUGUGGCAUGUUCUCAAUUCAACAGUGAACUUGACGACAGGUAUUCCACCACUGUACAUUACACUGAAGUAGUAAUACAGUAAUUUGUGCCUAACGUGACAGUUAUAUAUAAUUAGAACACUGGAAUUUUUGGGUACUAAUCUGUUGUAUACACUUAAAAAUUUACUCUGAUACACUUUAUUUUAAUUGAUUUGAAAAUAUCUUGUCACAAAUUUGUGAGAAAUGUUUUUUGAUAAAAAAGGUACGUGUUCCCAAUUUUGCAAUAUCAACAGAUAUAUUGAAUCUGGAGAAUGUGUCUUUCUCAACAAAUAAAAUAUUGAAUUUAA